AUGGCGACGCCCUCAAGCCUUCAAUACACGUCCCUGCCAGCACGAGCGGAAAAGAUGGUGGCAGGCCAGCUCUUCCUCUCCGAAGAGGAGAUCAGAGACGAAGUUGCCAAAUUCGCUCAUGUCAAGCCGCGUUCAGAAAACAAAGAUGGCGAUACGGAAGUUCUAGAAGGAGCGACGUUCACACACCACUUCAUCUUGGGGCCGGGUGAUGGAGAAGUCAUCCGCUGGCACUAUGUCGAGACAGGUCCUGCGGAUGGUGAAGUGAUUGUCUUCCUUCACGGCAUUCCUGAUGCAUGGUAUCAGUGGCAUAUGCAGAUGGCCAAACUCUCGGCGACGUUUCGAUGCAUCGCCCCGGAUCUGAAAGGCUAUGGGCAGUCUGACAAGAAGCCAGGCGACUACCGCCACGAAGGAGCGGGAGAACAACUCUUCGCCAUGCUGCAAUUGAUCAGCGGUCUCGAGCGAUUCAACCUCAUCACGCACGACCGCGGCACCGUCCAAGCGGACUUUAUCGUCGCAAACCACCCCGACCAUGUGCUACGCUAUGCGCGUGGUGAGCAGCACCUGUUUCAUUUCCACCCUUCCCUGGCGCCCCAGGGCGAUCUUUUCAUGGAUGCCCCUUACAACGGAAUCCUGGACGACCCGAGGAAACUCAUCGUGUGGGCCCAUGCAAGCCUGGGAACAAGACAGCUCCCCCGGCAUCAGAUUGAGAGAGCGAUCCAGGAGUUCUCAUACCCAGGCAUUUCCCGCGCCGUUCCGCGCUACUUCAACUCAUCUUCGUUUCGCUCCGAGUGGCUUCAACGCCGAGGCCGUUUGCUCGCCGCUUGGAAGUGUCCCGUGUUGAUUUUACAGGGGUAUGAAAGUAAGACUCAGCCCCGGGAGUUUUACGAAUCAAUCGGACCAGAACAUAUCCCCAAUGCGAAGACUGUUCAAGUCCAAUUUAUUCCCGGAGGUCACUUUUGGCCUAUGGAGUGCCCGAACGAAACAACAGAGGCGUUGGAGAGAUUCUUCAAGAGCCCCAGUUGA